GCGUCAACAACUCGAAACGGAAAAGGUGAAAGCGCUCGCUGGGAAGUCAGUUUAAUAGUAAAAAAUCACAAGCGAACACCCACGCGCGAAUAAUAAUUGUUGAAUAAUUGUGUAUGUAAAGUUGCUUGGUUGGAAAGUUUAAAAAUGGAAUAAAAAAAAAAUCUGAGAAAAAACAACAAAAGAUUUACGAAUACAAAGUGUAUGUAUAUUGUAACGGCGCCUAUCUGAAAUCGCAAAAAACGCCUAGCUUAGCUCCCCAAGCGUGCAUUUGCUGCUCGUGCCGGCAUCGUGACUACCACCAGCGCAUAUGUGAGUGCGUGUGUGUGCGUGGAAGUGCAACGUUGCUGCCAGAAUAUCCGUUAUGCUGACAAUGCAAUUUGCGCAAAGACUGUUUGUGCACAAAUAAGCUCUAAAAUCUUUGUUGUGAUAAAUAAUAAUAAUAUUAUUAUUACCCGAUGUGAGAUUAUAUGAAAUAUUUUGAGAGCUGUGUAAAUAAAGUGAGAGUGUUGUGAGUUUUAUUUACGAGUAAAUAAAUAUAAAACGAGUGCGCAUUGAAUUGUUGUUGGCACACAACAACAACGGUACAACGUAAGCGGGUAGAAAAGCUCUUAGCAACAUGUUGACAACACAUCAUUUGCCACAUUUGCAUCAUCAUCGUGGCAGCACAGCAGUGGAAUUUCAUACAGUCACAAAUCCGAGUACGCUCAUUGUGGAGAUCAACAGCCAAGUGGCGCUCUUCCGUGAUAUGCUAAUACAUGUGGGCCAAGCAAGGGACUGCCCCGAAUUGCGGGAGAAAAUUCGUAAAUUGCGCCGAACCUGCGUGGAGGCGUGCAAGCACACGGGUCAGAUAAUCAUACCGCAGGUGAAAAGUGCUGUUAGCGAAGGCGUGCUCACCGAUAAUCCACAUCUUGUGCUGCUCUUCUAUCUGGCGCAACGUUUCCUACACGAACUAAUAAAAAGUUAUCGCCUCAUACAGGUGGUGCCAAUGGACAUGUCCGGUUAUUAUGAAAACCGUGCUGGGCCCUCGAAUCUCGGCAAUGUCAUCAGUCAAAUACUGCUUUGCAAACAAAUAACACCCGACUUCAAUCAAGAGGAAUUAUGCAGCAUUACGAAGGAUUCGCAGGAGAUAGCUGUGCUGCUGGCCGAAAUGCAGGAGUACAUGCCGCAGCACGACACAUAUCUCGAACGCAGCGCCGCGCUCGACUCGGCGAAGAGCAGUCACAACUUCAUUUACAAGAAUAUGAGUUUGCUCUGUUGUAUGUCACGUCCGAAAUAUCUCUGAGAGGAAACCUAGGGUCUGGUGCGGGGCCAGUGCCCCGUUGUGAUAACAACAACACAACCAGCAGUCACAACAGCAACAACAGCAAUAACGGCUGAAACGGCAAAAGCUACAGCAGCAACUACAACACCUGCUGCAACAACGUCAGCUGCCAACACUGUAAUAACAAUGACAACAACAACAGCGACGUCGUCAUCAGCAACAACAACAAACCCAACAUUAAGCAAAUGGACGGACACACUGUGUCAAUUGUGUCGAACAAAAAAUAAUGCAAAUAAUAAUUCAUAGUAGGCAAUUAAGAUGCAGGCGUACAUUAAGUAGAUAAAUAGAAAGUAAAUAGCAAUUAACAAUUAUUGUGGUUGGGCA